GUGCUACUGGAGCUGCUGGCACUGGAGGUGCUGAAGGUACUGUCGGUGCUGGAGGCGCUGGAGCUGGAGGUACCAGAGGUACUGGAGGUGCUUGAGCUGCUGGUCCUGGAGGUGCUCGUACUAGAGGUGCUAGCGCUGCCGGAGCUGGUGGUGCUGCUGGUGCUGGAGGUGCUGGAGGUGCUACUGGAGCUGCUGGUGUUGGAGGUGCUGGUGUUGCUGGUGCAAGAGGAGCUGGAGCUGCUGACAGUACAGGUACUGCCCCGCGCCGACCGUUUUUCUACCCGCAGCCGCAGUCGUCCCUGCCGCAGCCUGACUCGGUCCUUCGACAGGUUCUUAUUCUCCCGUCUUCCACUGGCCUAA